AUGGGCUGCGGGGUGCCGCUCUCGCACCCCGCCUCCGUUCCGAUGCGGGACAGAGGCGACAGAAAGCAGGAGGUCAGAAGUGUGGGCCAGUGUGUCUUCAAAGUCCUCGAGAGCCGACAGCCCGAGGGGCCCAGUCCGAGGCCCCUCCUCCCAGUCGUGUCUAAGGUCACCAGUCUCGCCCCAGGCACCUUCCAUGAAGAACAGACCAACCUGCUCAGCAAGAGGCUGGUGGACUGGCUGCGCUACGCCAGCGUCCAGCAGGGGCCUGCCCAUUCCUCUGGAGGCUUCUUCUCUACACCCAGGGCCCGGCAGCCGGGUCCUGUCACUGAGGUGGACGGGGCCGUGGCCACAGAUUUCUUCACGGUGCUGUCCACGGGCCAGCGCUUCACGGAGGACCAGUGGCUGAACGUGCAGGCCUUCUCCAUGCUGCGGGCCUGGCUGCUGCUCAGCGGCCCCGGGGGCCCCGGCACCCCGGACGCAGAUGCCACGUCGGAGCAGGAGGGCUCCGCCCUGCCCGUGCUGGCCGCCGCCGGCCGCCUGCUGCCGCCCCAGGAGCGCCUGCGGGAGAAAGCCUUCGAGUACUGCCAGCGCCUGGUCGAGCAGAGCAACCGGCGAGCCCUGAGGAAGGGGGACGCAGACCUGCAGAAAGCCUGCCUGGUGGAGGCCGUGCUGGUGCUGGACGUGCUCUGCCGGCAGGACCCCUCCUUCCUGUACCGCACCCUCCCCUGCCUGAAGGCCCUGCAGGCCCGGCUGUGCGGGGACCCUGCCUGCGUGCGGGCGCUCCUGCCCGUCGCCCAGUUCUUCUUGAACCACGGGGAGGCGGCCGCCGUGGACUCAGAGGCCGUCUGCCAGCACCUGUUCACCAGGGUCCCCUCCGAGCACUUCCACAGCCCGAUGCUGGCCUUCGAGUUCAUGCAGUUCUGCAGGGACAACCUUCCCCUGUUCGGCAGGAGCCUCGGCAUCCUCAAAUCCAGCUUCCCCAAUCUCUUUAAGCUCCUGGCCUGGAACAGCCCGCCCCUGGUCUCCGAGUUCGUGGCGCUCCUCUCGUCACUGGUGGAUGCGGGCACGGCCGUGGAGAUGCUGCACUUGCUGCUGGACCUGCCAUGUCUGACCGCGGCCUUGGACCUGCAGCUCAGAUUAUCACCAGCUGCAUCUGAGAGGCCCCUCUGGGACUCCUCCCUCAGGACACCCAGCUGCCUGGAGGCCUCCCGGGACCCGCAGCUCCAGGGUCUUCUCCAGCACCUGCUGCGCACCAAGGCCAGUGGGACCACGGAGAGGUUGGCGCCACUCUACCAGAUGCUGCAGCCCAUGGCCAGCUGCGCCCGGGUGCUCCAGUGUGCCCAGGCGGUGCCCACCCUGCUCCAGGCGUUCUUCUCAGUGGUGACCCAGUUUGCCGACGGGGCCCUGACCAUCCAGCUGGCACAGCUGUUCCUGGAGAGAGGUGACUCGCUGUACCAGGUCCCCGGGUACGAGGCUGCCGUGCAUGGGGUGCUGAGCUCCCAGUUCCUGGCCCUGUGCAAGCGGAACCCCUCCCUGGUGGUCGAGCUGGCAAGGGAGCUCCUGGAGUUCGUGGGCAGCGGGAGCGGCAUGUGCAGCGGUGGGAGCAUGCUCACCUCCGUGGUGUGGGCCAUUGGGGAGUACCUGUCGGUGAGCUGGGACCGGCGGUGCACCGUGGACCAGAUUAACAAGUUCUUCGAAGCCCUGGAGGCCCUGCUGUUCGAGGUCACCCAGUCCCGCCCCUCAGCCACCCUUCCCAAGUGUCCCCCACAGCUCAUCACUGCACUUAUGUCCACACUGACUAAGCUGGCCUCCCGGAGCCAAGACCUGAUCCCCAGGGUCGGUCUGUUCCUGUCCAAGAUGAGGACACUGGCCCAGAGCCCGGCCGUGGGCCCCCUGCACCGUCAGGAGGUUGCAGGCGCCAUAGGCGUGCGGGCCACCGAGCUGCUGAACCUGCUGAAGAUGCCCAGUGUGGCCCAGUUUGUGCUCACGCCCAGCUUGGAGGUGUCCGAGCCCCGCUAUCACCGCGACACCAACACGGCCCUGCCGCUGGCCCUGCGCACAGUCAGCCGGCUGGUGGAGAAGGAGGCGGGCCUCCUGCCCGGGUGAGGGACAGCGAGCCUGGCCUUAGGGCCGAGCCAGAGUUUUAUUGGUCGGAGAGGAGACCAGGACGCCUAGUGGGUCCUGGUCCCUUGGUGCUGGUCAGGCUGCCAUGGGCUCGCCCUGCGGAUGCUUGUGUCCCUAAACCGUCUCGUGAUCGUGUUGAGCUCUGCGGUGCAACAGCCCUGAUUUGUGGCCCUGGGCCCUUUGGGGCUGGAUUGGAGCUACAAGGACAGAUUCAGCCAAAAUAAACCUGCUCUGAAAGUUUC